GCGUGCUUUGGGUUCAGGCAAACAGAUCCUUGGAUUAGAGCUAAUAUGCAUACAGGCAACCUCUUAAAAAUACUACUGGCCACGGCCACAAUUUACAGCUGCCUAUCGCCAGUUGUGUGCAUCUAUGAGGAUAAGAUUCUUAAGUUUCUCGAGGAGUUUCGUAUGCGUAUGUGCCAUCCAAUACCAAACUUAGGCUUACCCGCAUUGGAUCCAUUCGAGCUAGGUCCUGAAAAUGUAGCUGUGGACAACAAAUACCUUAUCGAUUUUACCGGAUCAAUAGACGACUUUCACUUGAAGGGACUUUCCGAUUUCGUUGUAGACACGCUGAAAAUAAAUAUAGUUCCUGGUUUACAACGUAGUACUGUGAAGGUCACCCUUCCAUACACCUAUUUGAAAUCCUUAUACACUGCCAAGGGCUCCCUGGCUUAUAUUGUGAAUAUGGCCGGUGAGGGCAAUGCGGAAGCAUCAGUUACGGAUUUUUCGCUUCUCAUCUCAUGGAGGAUAAAAGCAUCGAUUAAUAUAGCAAUUACAGGAUUGCAAAUCGAACUGCAUUUGGGUGAUUUGAAAAUGGAUUUGGAGAAUUUGAUGGAGGAGGAGCGGAUUAAUGAUUUUAUACAUGCGCUGAUUAAUGAAAUGGGUGUAGAAUUACUUGGUGAUAUUUGGGACUUUGGACACGAUUCAGUUGUCGAGAAGGUCGAAGAUAUUAUCAAUAGCAAAAUAUCGGAUAUUAUUAAUGCAAUUACUGGAGGUGGUGGCGAGGGUGGUGAGGGACCUGAAAGCCCGCCCAUUUUUGAGGGUGUGGAACCAGAUUGUAAACUCGAAACUCGUACAUAAGUGACAUAUAUGAUAAUAUAUAAAUAAAUCCAAAAAAAUAUAUAUUCAAAAGUAUCUGGUAUCAACGGCUAUUAAUGCCCAGCCUGACGCAAUCAGAUUUGUGUAUCGUUUUAAUAAGUGGCACUGUAAGCGUAUUUAUAUAACAAAUAUAUACACAGCUAACUGC